AUGGUGCUCCACCAGUACACUUAUGUGCUCGUCAUCGGCACCUUCUUUGCCGUCCUUGACGCUUUCAACAACGGUGCCAACGAUGUCGCAAACGCUUGGGCUACUUCGGUCUCGUCCCGUUCGGUCUCGUACCGCCAGGCCAUGGUCCUCGGCACCAUCUUUGAGAUGCUUGGUGCCAUCACUGUCGGUGCCCGUACCGCCGACACCAUCAAGAACGGUAUCAUCCCCAACUCGGCCUUCCGUGGUGAGGCUCCCGUCCAGAUGCUCGCCUUCACUGUCGCCCUCGCCGCCGCCUCGUCCUGGGUCAUGUGGUGCACCAACCACUCGGCCCACGUCUCGUCGACCUACUCGCUCAUCUCGGCUGUUGCCGGCGUCGGAGUUGCCACUGUCGGUGCCUCCAAGGUUCAGUGGGGCUGGAACAACGGCAAGGGUCUCGGUGCCAUCUUUGCCGGUCUCGGCAUGGCCCCCACCAUUGCUGCCUGCUUUGGUGCCAUCAUCUUCUCCCUGAUCAAGUUUGUCGUCCACGUCCGCAAGGACCCCGUCAAGUGGGCCGUCUUCACCUCGCCCUUCUGGUUCCUCGUCGCCGGCACCAUCUGCACCCUCUCGAUCGUCUACAAGGGCUCGCCCAACCUUGGCCUCAACAAGAAGCCCAAGUGGUACAUCAUCUCGGUCACCCUCGGCUGUGGCUUUGGUCUUGCCCUCGUCUCGGCCCUCGUCUUUGUUCCCUACCUCUACUGCCUCGUCAUCAAGAAGGACCAGUCGCUCCGCUGGUACCACAUGUUCCAGGGCCCUCUCCUCUUCUCCCGCAAGCCCGUCACCUCGGAGGACGGCCAGAACCACAACGUCCGCGACUAUGCCGUUGUCCAGCACGACGACGACCUCACUCUUGAGGACGAUGAGAAGACUGCCUACGGCUCGCCCGACGCCAAGAAUGCCAACUUUGCUUCGCCCGAUGUCCUCAAGUCGCUCCCCCCUCCCGCUCUUUCGGCUCCUGGCACUCCCCUCGAGGCCAACACUGCCGUCGCUUACAACGGCCAGGCCGAGGCUCAGACCAAGACCUACAAGGAGAUCAUGGCCGAGAACCAGGCCAAGUUCCACGCCAAGCUCCGCAAGGGCAAGGGCCCUCUUGGCUGGGCCAUGCGCGUCCUCCACAACAACCCCCUCCAGCCCGGUGAGGUUUACGAGUGGAAGAACAUCAAGAUCAUUGCCAAGCGCAUCCCUGCCAUGAUCUGCGUCGGUCUCUUCUACGGUCUCAACUACGACAUCCACGCCGCCCAGUCGGGUGUCGACGGCACUCCCGAGGGUGACCGCAUGAAGCGCGUCUACUCGCACGCCCCCAAGUACUCGAACGAGGUCGAGCACUCGUACUCGUUUGUCCAGGUUCUCACCGCUUGCACUGCCUCGUUCGCCCACGGUGCCAACGACAUUGGUAACGCCGCCGGUCCUUGGGCUGUCAUCUACACCACCUGGAAGACUGGCAGCGCCGCCGCCGCCAAGGCCCCCGUCCCCGUCUGGCAGCUCGUCUGGCUCUCGGCCACCAUCUCGGUCGGUCUCAUCACCUACGGCUACAACAUCAUGAAGGUCAUGGGCAACAAGAUCACCUACCACUCUCCUUCGCGUGGUUGCUCCAUGGAGAUGGGUGCCGCUCUUACCGUCCUCAUCUUCUCGCAGUACUCGCUUCCCGUCUCGACCUCGAUGUGCAUCACUGGUGCUACUGUCGGUGUCGGUCUUUGCAACGGUACUCUCAAGGCUGUCAACUUCCAGCGUGUUGGUCUCCUUGUCUUCUCUUGGAUCAUGACCAUCCCCGUCGCCGGUACCCUCGCCGGUGUCAUCAUGGGCAUCAUCCUCAACGCUCCCCACUUCAAGGGCACUUAG